GGGUGAGAUGGGGGUGGGGGCGUCUGUGAGGGUCGGCUGGUGCGCAGCUGCGGCACUGGAGCCAAUCACCGGGCGCAUCCAGUCCUCGCGCUACGGUACCGUCGUGCAGUCGUGACGUAGACGGUUGCCAUGGAGAGGGCCUUUCGGUAGGGACAGCGAGCUGGCGCCAGGGGCCGCAGGCCGGAGCGUGCGUUUGAAGUUGAGUCCGUUACCAUCAUGAGCGGCCGAAGUAGGGGUAAAAAGUCCAGCCGCGCCAAAAACCGUGGCAAAGGCCGCGCCAAAGGCCGAGUCCGCGCUACUCCUGACGACGCCUCGCGCGACCCGGACCCUCCACAGUGCCAGAGGCUCGGGGAGGAGACCCAGGAGGCACAGGUGCAGGCUGGCGCGGGUUGGGGUGGCCUGGAAACCGCUGAAACCGCUGAGCCCGCGCCGCCCCGCCGGCCCGGGGAAGAGGGUGCCUGCCGGCUCCCCCUGGACUGUGGCCUCGCGCUCCGGGCCCGGGCUGAGGGGGAUAGCGGGCAGGCCGCAGCCAGGCCCGGCCCGGGGAAUGCCACAACCCUCUCGGAGCGCCUGCCGACAGACACUGUCUUCGUGGGAACCGUGGGGCCCAUGGGAAGGCCGAAAAAUGUCCCUCGCGUUGGAAAUCGACGCUGCCCCGCUGGGAAGAAGGCCCCAGUUACCUGUAGCGCAGUGGGGAGGGCGUCUCCGGCCGUAGCUGUUGGGAAACCGAAGAAAGGGACCACUGGGGAGUCCGCCUCCGUUCCAGUGGUAGAGGAAAAGAAGGUGGAGAAGGAUGCAGGGUCAGGGCCCCCGGCAACAGAUGGCAGCAUGGAUACACUGGAGAACGUCCAGCUGAAGUUGGAGACCAUGAACGCCCAGGCGGACAGGGCCUACCUGCGGCUCUCCCGCAAGUUUGGGCAGUUGCGACUGCACCACUUAGAGCGCAGGAACCUCCUCAUCCAGAACAUCCCGGGCUUCUGGGGGCAGGCUUUUCAGAACCACCCCCAGCUCUCAUCCUUUCUGAACAACCAAGAUAAAGAGGCACUCAGCUACUUGAACAGCUUGGAGGUGGAAGAGCUUGGCCUCGCCAGAUUGGGCUACAAGAUCAAGUUCUACUUUGGGCGCAACCCCUAUUUCCAGAAUAAGGUGCUCAUCAAGGAAUAUGGGUGUGGUCCUUCCGGUCAGGUGGUGUCUCGUUCUACUCCAAUCCAGUGGCUCCCAGGGCACGAUCUUCAGUCCCUAAGCCAGGGGAACCCAGAUGACACCCGGAGCUUCUUUGGGUGGUUUUCAAACCACAGCUCCAUUGAGUCUGACAAGAUUGUGGAGAUAAUCAACGAGGAGUUGUGGCCCAAUCCCCUGCAGUACUACCUUAUGAGUGAAGGGGCCCGAGCAGAGAAAGGAAAGGAGGGCAGGCCAUGUCCAGCAAGGCAGCCAGUGGACACCCCAGAGCCUGGGGUAAACAAUUCCAACUGAUUCUGCACAAGUCUCCCUACUACCUCCUGCUGGACCCAUGCCCAGCUGACCACAUGUGUUUGGCUGUCUGCCUUCUCUUCAUGUUGACCUCUGUGCACUGUGUUCCCUUUGGACUUCAGUUACAAGAAUAUGGUGUUUAUGUUCUUUUGCCUCCCCAUGGCAUUCUUGCUUUUUUACGUUAGUGUCACAUGUUACGUGAUCUCACCCCUACUGUUGAUAUGUUAAACACACAUGAUUCAGAUGUGUGCUGCCUUUAUCUACGUUGCCUGGACCCUGUUCUUGGCUCUGGCCUUUCCCACCUGUCUUUAACGUGGACACUCAUGAGUCAUCCAACAAGAGGACCAGUGCAUCCUUAAGCUCUGCUACUUCAGGGCCCAUGACUUGCUGGGCUGGUUCAUGUGACCAUGCAUGCCAUCUAUGGCAAGCUUUUCUGUUGCCACUGCAAAAUGAAGCUUGUGCACAUGGUAUUGGCCAUCAGCCAAAACUGAUUGUUCCGUGGCUCUGGGGUCACCAGCCAAGGUGCCAUCUACAAGAUCUCUGGCUUUGGCCAGGGGCCCAUGCUGUCCUCCUGGACACAGAUGAGGUUAAGGGUGAGAAGCAGUAUGCCGUGUGUUCUGUACCAUCAUGCAUCUCUUCCUGCCUCUGGGCCCUUCUCCUGGUGAACCUUCGUCAGGGUCUGCACCAUGACCCGUCACUAUGAGGCCAUUGAGUUUUGUCUAGGUUGCUAUCGGCCCCAGUUGGCUUCCUGGUCAACAAGGACCUCAAGAACUGCUUGUGGACCCAGGCCCCCUGCCGGUGUUUGAGACACACACCUACCCUCCCCAGCCUUCCAGCAACCCUCCUGGCUGCCGGACUGAUGGGCGGGCUGGUAUGUAUGGACAUGUGUUCACUGUCAUCAAGCUGUGGCUCCAGGUGUGACCUUGUGUAUGUGGAAGAUUAAUGUAUAUGCUGCUUAUUUUGUCUCUAAGUAAAUCUAACCACUUUCCUCAUUUUUUGCUUAAUGGGAAAAUAGAACUGUACAGGUCUGCCUUUUUUUUUUUUUUUUUUGAGCUUCUUCUUCUUUGUUAUGGACAUUUUCAGACAUGCACAGAAGUGGAGAGGAUGGUCUCUGGACCCCGUGUGCCCAUCGCCUAGCUACAUCAGUUAUCAAUUAUGAUCAACCUGGUUUCAUCUGUGUCUCCCUCUUCCUGCCUGUAUUGUUUAUCAAAAGUCCAAGAUCCUGUGCCAUUUCAACCAGGACUGCUUUGGGAGAUUGGGACUCUGUGUUGGUGGUGAUAGUGGUGGGGUGCACUAUCAUUAUCACAUCAGGUCUGUUUUUUGCUUUUCGUGUUAACUAAUGAAGUUCCAGAGGUGGGCCUUAGAAUGAAAGUCUUCGGAAUUAACAAGAAGUCGCAAAAAGAGAUGAAGGGGAUGCUGCCUUUUCCCUGCAUCCGCAAAAGGAAAGAGAGACUGUUCGUUGAUAAAGACUUAUCAGUCUUUGAUAAGGUGCUUACUUGAGAUCUUUCACCAGAGCAUCAGUCUUUUUUCCUGUGUAAGAUGGAGACUUGUGUGACUAUUAGAAUUACCAGCUUGUCCUGGUCUCGUAAUAUAACUCUGGGCUUGAAAGUGUAAUUUGGAAACUGUUGCUGUGUUCUGUGAUAAUAACCUCCCAACAGUAAUCAGUAACUGGUUGUCUUACUUGGUAAUUGACACCCUGGUAAUAAUGCAAUUAUUUCUUUGUUCUGAAGCAGUUUAAAUAGUUGUAAGUUUGCAUGCGUGAUGGAAAAAAUAAAAGCCUGUAUCUCUGUUA